AUGCAAGAAUCCACUGUGGCAAGGAUAGACCAAGCUCUUACCAAACCUGGGGGUGGUGAUCCAACUGAUAAGCCUAUUCGACGAAGGAUACGACAAGCCUUAUCUUGUCAAAGGUGUCGCAAACAUCGAUCCAAAUGCUCACGAUCACGACCGUCUUGUGACCAAUGCAUUGCCGCCAAUGUCGUCUGUGAAUACCUUGAUGCGCCCGGCGAUCUUUCUAGUACGGCGCUGCGUGAUCGUUUCUAUGGCCUUGAGGACCAAAUACAGUCUCUUUUGAAUGAAUUCGAUAUCAUCGAGAAGCUUGUGUACGAUAGAGAGCCCAUGUCACCCACAGCAACAGCACCAGCACCACCCUCAGCAACGACAUGUCCAGUGCAAACAGAUGCGUUACGAUCAUGGCGUAUACGAAGCGAGAAGAGUGGGAUAUCGAUCGAGACGCAUAUGCAUCAUGUGGAAGAAAUUUAUGCUGCGUUGAUCCAGUUUGCCCUUGACAACGAAGCUACACCACCUUCGUUACUACCAUCAUCACAUUUCACCACCACUACCGCCGCCUCUUCUUCAUCCUCAUCAUCGUCAUCACGUUUUCCACAAGCUUGGCUCACAAGGAACAACACCAUCUAUCCUACUGUCAAAUUGAGUCAUUUCACGAGUCUCCUUCCAUCAUCAUCAGGGCUCACACCACCUUCAUCGGCCGAUAUGGAUGUGGAUGAGGAUCCUUGGUCCAAGAACAAGCUAUCGCGAGACACGAUGGUGCGUCUUAUGGAACUAUAUCCACAUUGUCUACUACAUGGAUCGAUUCCCGAGUAUUCAAGAUUAUUGCAUGAUGCUCUACUGGAUAGAGAUCGUGUCAGCGCCUCUCCCGUGUUACAGCUUUUAUUAGCCUCUUGCAUAUGCAACAUGCUGCUACAUGCCUAUUGCUGGCAUUCUGAAGUAUUCAAUGACAGCAACGAGAGCACCAUGACGAUGGAUCAAUGUGCACGAAUAUCGCAGCAAUAUUAUGAUCGAGCCAAGGAUCUAUUAUCACAACUUUAUUUUGAGGAACCCAAUGUCAUGAUAUGCCAUGCAUUAUGCAACCUGGUGCUCUUUCAUAUCGAGAGUGGGAAUACAUCAUUGAUUUACAUGUAUACGGGAAUGGCGGUACGCAUGGCAGCAAGCCUGGAUAUGCAAGAUGAAGCUGCCAUACGACAUGAAUUAUCAUCAUCAUCAUCAUCAUCAUCAUCAUCAUCAACGACGACCGCUGCUGACAUUGUGCAAUAUACCCAAUCCGUGCGCUGGUUUUUGUAUUUCCUCGAUACAUCAGCAUCCCAUUACCACAACAAACCUUAUGAAGUGCAUCUCAACAACCCGGCCUUUUCCCUUACAUCGCUACACCAGAAACAAAACGAUUACCAAGAUACAUUCCGCAUCCUCGAAUUCGAUACAUGUCAAAUCACACGUGAUAUCCGACGCACAUGCUUUGCCAGUGAUGCACAACAUGUGCCCUAUAACCAAGUCGAACGGAUUGAGCAGCAGCUGGAAACAUUCCGAGAAAAGCACUUGAAGCCAUUGUUGGAAUCGAAAAGUGACAAUGUAUGGUAUACAAGGUGUAUCUACAUGCAUCGUAUCAGGCACCACGGCCAUUGGAUCUUGCUACAUCAAACCUAUUUGCCGACCCCUGUAUCUGUGGAACGUUGUAGUGCAUCAGCAUUUGCUUUGGUCUUGUUAUUUGAAGGAUGGACAAAAUCUCAGGAUCCCAUGGAUUGUUAUUUUAGACCUUGUAUUCAUGAGCUCAAGCAGGCAUGUGAAAUUAUGGAAUACCAUGUUCAGAAUGAUACGGCUCUCAAGAAUCACGCAUUGGAUGCAUUGGCACGAUUAUUGAACAUUGUCUUUAAGACACCGGUGCGCGACAUUGCACGUACAAGACCCUUUGUGCAACAUGUACAGCAUAUUCUAGAUGCAAAUCAUAUCGACACUUGUAGCUGA